GAGUUUUAAUCUUUGCUGUUGAAAAAAUCUGGGUCACGAUUGGCGUUUGCUCAUCCAAGCGAAAGAGACAGGGAGGCGUAAUUUCCGGGGAGCAAGGGAGAAAUGCAUUUCCUGUGAGGCCUGCAUCUGGGCAUAUUCUUCCCUCGCCAAUAGGUCACAGUCGCAGCUGCCACUGGUGCUCUAGCUCCUCUGUAGUCCUGUCUGCGAGAGACUGAAGAGUAAACUACCAAACGGGCACAGGCUAGUUAGCUAAUCAGGUGCUAAAUCAGCUAAUUUGCAGAACAGCAGCAUUGUACCUUACGCUUGUGGGGUAGCGUUAUAAUGGUUGUAACGCAAACGCUGGCCAAUACGAAAAGGCUAGCAACAGUUAAAUGAAGAGCAGCUUGUUGUUUGGGUUGUUUUAAUUAGCUAGGUCUAAGGUUAGCUAACGCGGAAGGAAUCCCCACAGAAUAAUAAAUGGUUAGCAGAACGCAACGGACGUAAUAAUCUGCUCAUUUUAAAAGGCAUUUCUUCCUGAGUAAAGGAUGUCUAAACGCCUGCGAAACACUGAGCUCUGCGCGGAUUGCAAUGUUCCAGAACCUCGCUGGGCCUCGGUGAACAGGGGUGUGUUGAUAUGCGAUGAGUGCUGCAGUGUUCAUCGAAGUCUGGGCAGACACAGCUCCCAAGUCCGCCACCUGAUACACACACCAUGGCCACCUACGCAGCUACAGAUGGUUCAGAUGUUAUACAGCAAUGGUGCAAAUUCAAUAUGGGAGCACUCUCUUCUGGACCCUGCAUCUGUGAUGAGUGGAAAACGCAAGGCCAACCCUCAGGACAAACUGCACCCAAACAAAUCCGAGUUUAUAAAAGCCAAAUAUCAAAUGCUGGCAUUUGUUCAUCGCAUGCCUUGCCGGGAGGACGACAGCUCAACAGCCAAGGAUUUAAGCAAGCAACUUCACUCAAGUGUACGCACCGGGAAUCUCGAGACUUGUUUGAGAUUGCUAUCCCUGGGAGCACAAGCUAAUUUUUUUCACCCGGAAAAAGGAAACACUCCCUUGCAUGUAGCUGCAAAGGCAGGACAAGUAUCUCAGGCUGAACUAUUAACUGUUUAUGGAGCAGAUCCUGGAGCCCCUGACAGCAAUGGCAAGACUCCCAUAGACCAUGCAAGGGAAGCUGGCCACCAUGACCUGGCAGAUAGAUUGGUGGAGAUUCAGUAUGAACUAACUGAUCGACUGGCGUUCUACCUGUGUGGGAGAAAGCCAGAUCAUAAAAACAGCCAGCACUUCAUUGUUCCACAAAUGGCUGACAGGAACAUCAGUUUAGAUUUAUCAGAACUGGCCAAGGCAGCGAAGAAGAAACUGCAGUCUCUCAGUAAUCAUUUAUUCGAGGAGCUGGCCAUGGAUGUGUACGAUGAGGUGGACAGACGAGAGACUGAUGCAGUUUGGUUGACUACACAGAAUCACAGCACUCUGGUGACAGAGACGACUGUGGUGCCUUUCCUUCCUGUGAAUCCAGAGUAUUCAUCAACACGGAACCAGGGACGACAGAAGCUGGCAAGAUUUAAUGCACAUGAAUUUGCAACUCUUGUGAUUGACAUAUUAAGCGAUGCUAAGCGCAGACAACAAGGGAAUUCAAUAGCCAGUCCCAAAGAUAAUGUUGAAUUCAUCCUGAAGAGUGUGGCUGUCAGGCAUUGCAGUGACAGCCAGGACAACGACCAGCCUGACUACGACAGUGUGGCAUCUGACGAGGAUACGGAUCAAGAGCUCCCCGCAAGCAAAGGAGAUAGGACCAAGAGCCUGGACUCUGACCUCUCCGAUGGCCCCAUUACUGUGCAUGAAUACAUGGAGGUGAAAAACGCACUCUCUGCUUCUGAGGCCAAGAUCCAGCACCUCAUGAAAGCCAACAACAGCCUGAGUGAUGAGCUGAGGCUGAUGCAGAAAAAGCUGCAAUCUCUGCAAAGCGAGAACACCUCUCUCAGGCGGCACGUCCCAACCAAUAUCUAUCAGAUCCCCAGCGGUUCAGACUACCCCGACCCCUCCAGUCCCUCUGCCCUGAAACGCCGGCAGUCUGCGCGGGCCAGUCGGCCCAUGUCUAUGUAUGAGACCGGCUCAGGCCUGAAGCCCUAUGUCCCUAAAGGGGAAACUCCCUACCCAGAGGAGGGUAUCCCCACCCUGCAACCCUUCCCACCUCAUACGGAAAGGGGCGCUUUUGUGACCACCUCUUCAUCCCUCCCCUCAUUUCCAUCCACCCUGUCUUGGUCGAAGGAUGAAAGUGCUCAAAAGGCCUCGAAGUUAGAGAUGCAAAGCAGCAUGCCGGAGAGUGACUAUGACAACACAUUCAAUGACUCUGAGAUGGAUGAUUCGGGUUUGUGCAGGAGAGGGAGGCUGAGGAGCAGUGGCUGGCUGGGGGAGAGCAGCUCUAUCCCGGAGCUGGAUGAUCUGGAGUCAGACCCCACGCUUCCCAGCACAGAAGACGUCAUCCGCAAAACCGAGCAGAUCACCAAGAAUAUCCAAGAGCUGUUGCGAGCUGCUCAGGAGAACAAACAUGACAGCUUCAUACCCUGUUCAGAAAGAAUACAUGUGGCUGUAACAGAGAUGGCUGCCCUCUUUCCCAAGAAGCCACGCUCAGAGACUGUGAGAGGCUCGCUGCGCUUGUUGACCUCCAGUGCGUACCGGCUUCAGAGCGAGUGCAGGAAGGCGUUGCCUUCAGAGGGCUGCCCGGGACCGGACAUGCAGCUGGUCACCCAGCAGGUCAUCCAAUGUGCUUAUGACAUCGCCAAGGCAGCCAAGCAGCUUGUCACCAUCACCACAAAGGAGAAUACCAACUAACAGCACUUACAGGGCUGCAAUGCAGUCAGCAUCUCAGUUUUGUUCUUUCAAAAAAAAAGUUUUUUAAUUUUGUUAUUUUUUGUAUUUGUGGUAUAUGCAUGCAUUGUUUUUUUUUAUUUAUGGAUAACUACUUAAAGCCAACUCUGAACAAAAGAGUGUAAAGUGGAAAAGGCAGCAACUUUACCUAGGAAUACCAAGCUAAUGUACAGUAAUAGCACAAUUUCUCUUCAGGUAAAUUAAUAACUUCCACAAAUCAUGGUAAUAAAAGCAGCAGCUAGCAGGCCUGGGGACUGUAAUGGUUUAUAGAUUACAACUUGAGUAAAACUUGCUCUUAGCUACAAAUAACCUUUUGAUCAGUCCAAAUUGUAAAUAGUUUUUAUUGAGAGAAGGAAUUAAGCACAGUACAGUAAAUCUAGAUGAUGAUAUUGGUUAAUGUUAUCAGUCCAAAGCCAGGCAUGGAAGCUGAAAAGCCAUACAUGAGUCAUGAAUCUGCUGUCAUGGAAUACUAGUGCUAACACUCUUGUAGCUAAAGGAGCUUCCUCUCAUUAAUUGCACUGUGCAAGCAUCAUCAUACCGUAAAGUUUAAUCUCCAAAAUCAAACUGACCAUUAAAUGUUGGGAACUUCAUUUAUGCACACUUUGUAGCUAAGCAAUGCUAAUGUUUGUUGCAUCGAAAAAACUAUACGUUUUUUUUCCCUGUCUAAGUGUAAUCCAGUCUGCAGUGCACUUAUUGCGGCUAUUUAUGCGUACCCAUUUGUCAAGUCAGUGAAUGAAAAUGACGCUUGUCCAGGGGCCAAGUUGUAUUCUUCACCAGCACCAAGAUGAUGUUGUAUUAAGUACAAAUGAUGUGCUUCUUCUCCACACUGCACUGUAUUCUGCAGUCUUGUGUGCCAUUGCAGUAUUGGUGAUGUUGCAAGAUAUUUAGAGCUAAUAGCCAUACUGUUUGUAUGUCCGUGUUUUGUGCUCUGUUCCGUUGCUGCUAGUUUCGUAUUUAAUGUGCAACAUAUGGGAUAGAAGUCUAGACAUCUCCUGUAUAAUUGUGCAACCCAACGUUCAUCCUCACCAAGUGUUUCAGAGUUUAUUUUGAAAUCUGAUCAAGGUAAUGUCCCUCUCUGUACUUGACCAGAGUGCAGGGAUGCAUGUGAUGCAGCUGUUAAGUUGCACUUUGGAAAAAUAAUUAUUUUCUAAAUAAACUUAAUUUAUAAAUAUA